AUGAAGCCCAUUCUUUCGUUUUUACUUCUCGUUUUCGUCGGCCUUGCUGCUGCUUGGUCUAAAGAUGACUACGAGAUCUUCUCACUUCGAGACGAUGUCGCUACCUCCGAAGGAACCAACGUGACAUUCUACGACUUCCUCGAAAUCCCCGCAAACGCAAACCAAGACAAAAUAAUCAAGGCCCACCGCAAGAAAUCCCGAACCCUGCACCCAGACAAGGUAACCCGAACCUUCAUCGCAACCUACAAAACAACCCACGAAGGCAGCAGCCCCAGCAAGCGUCAAAUCGAGACAGCCGUAAAAGAAGCAAACACGCGCUCCGCCCGCCUAAACCUCGUCGCCAACGUCCUCAAGGGCCCCGGCCGCGACCGCUACGACCAUUUCCUGAAACACGGCUUUCCGCUGUGGAAGGGCACGGGGUACUACUACAGUCGAUUCCGGCCGGGUCUGGGCUCUGUGCUUAUUGGGUUGUUCCUUGUCUUUGGUGGUGCUGCGCACUACGGUGCGCUUAUUUUGGGCUGGAAACGGCAGCGCGAGUUUGUGGGGAGGUAUGUUAGGCAGGCGAGGCGUGCGGCUUGGGGUGAUGAGAUUGGCGUGCGUGGGUUGGAAGCCAUUGGCGGUCCUACUGCACCUGCACCGGCCCCGACCCCCGCUGCGGAUUCGGGCAGUGAGCAGCAGGGUGCCGUGGCUAUGAAUCGGCCGACUGCGUCUGCGUCUGCGUCGGGGACUUCGACGCCGACGGAGGGUGUGUCUACUGGGGAGCGGAAGAGGGUUGUUGCGGAGAAUGGGAAGGUUCUUAUUGUUGAUUCUGUUGGCAAUGUGUUCCUUGAGGAGGAGGAUGAGGAGGGUGUGCGGAAGGAGUUUCUGCUUGAUGUUGAUGAGAUUCAGAAGCCCGGGAUUACGGAGACGAUGGUCUUCCAGUUGCCCAUUUGGUGCUUUAAUAAGACUGUUGGGAGGGUUUUUGGGUCUGCGGAUGCCGACGUGGAAGAAGAGGUUGUUGAUGAGGAUGAGGUUGAGGCUGAGGCUGAGGCUGUGACUUCUGCUACGUCGAAUACUCGGUCGAGGAGACGGGGAAAGCGAUCGCAGCGAUAG